AUGGCCGACUGGGUGGGCGGCCCGCAGGGCUCCCUGCUGAAGCUGCAGCAGCUCCUGGCGGGCGAGGAGCCCGGCGUCUCGGCAGUAGCCGGCUACCAGCUCAUCCGCGGGCUGGGCCAGGACUGCGUACUGAGCGCCAGCCCCGCGGCGCAGGCCUUACAUACUUCCUUAAUCUUUUCCAAAGAAUUUGGAUUACUUGUGUUCAUUCGCAAAUCUCUUGACAUUGAAGAAUUUCGUGACUGCAGAGAAGAAGCCUUAAAAUUUCUGUGCAUUUUCUUGGAAAAAAUUGGCCAGAGGAUUGAGCCCUAUUCCUGUGAUAUUAAGAGCGUUUGUAUCAGUGUUUAUUCAAAAGACAGAGCGGCAAAAUGUAAAAUCCCAGCCUUGGAGCUUCUGAUUAAGUUACUUCAAACUCUGCGAAGCUCUAGAGUGAUGGAAGAAUUCAAAGUUGGGGGAAUCUUUAAUAAAUUCUAUGAAGAACUUGCUUUGAAAACAAAAAUACCAGACACAGUCUUAGAAAAGAUAUAUGAGCUUCUAGGAGUCCUGGGGGAAGUACACCCAAGUGAAAUGCUGGGUAACUCUGAAAAACUUUUCCGGGCCUACUUGGGUGAGCUCAAAAUGCAGAUGACAUCGUCAACAAGAGAACCCAAACUACCAUUGGUAGCAGGCUGCCUGAAGGGAUUGUCUUCUCUUAUGUGUAACUUCACUAAAUCUAUGGAUGAAGACCCCCAAACUUCAAAGGAGAUUUUUGAUUUCGCGGUGAAGGCCAUUAGUCCCCAGGUUGAUCUGAAGAGAUAUGCUGUGCCUUUAGCCGGUUUGCACUUGUUUACUGUUCAUGCUUCUCAGUUUGGCACCUACCUUCUAGACAGCCACGUUUACUUGUUUGAAGUAAUGUGUAAGUGGUGUGGCCACACAAAUGGGGAACUGAAGAAAGCUGCGCAUUCAGCCCUAGAUUCCUUUCUUAAACAGAUUUCUCUAAUGGUGGCUAAGGAUGUAGAAUUGCACAAGAGCAAGCUACAGUACUUCAUGGAACAGUUCUAUGAAAUCAUCAGAAAAAUGGACUCAAGCAACAAGGAGUUGUCCAUUGCUAUUCGUGGAUAUGGGCUUUUUGCAGCGCCUUGUAAAGUUAUCAAUCCGAAUGAUGUGGAUAUUAUGUACAUUGAGCUCAUUCAGCGCUGCAAACAAAUGUUUCUCACGGAGGCAGAAACUAUAGAUGACCAUCUGUUUCAGCUUCCAAGUUUCCUCCAGUCUAUUGCAAGUGUCUUACUUCACCUUGAUAAGGUUCCUGAAGUGUAUACUCCAGUUCUGGAACGCCUACUCGUGGUGCAAAUAGACAGUUUCCCACAGUACAGCAUUAAAAUGCAGUCAGCCUGCUGUAAGGCCAUAGUGAAAAUUUUUUUAGCUCUGGCAGGAAAAGGACCAGUUCUUUGGAGCUUUAUCAGCACUGUGGUGCACCAAGGAUUGAUUAGAGUCUGUUCCAAGCCAGUCCCCUUCCUAAAGGAGGCGUUUGGGAGAGAUGCUUCUGAGUCAGAUGACAAUUCUGCAUUUGGUGAAGUCAGAGUGGGGAAGUGGAAAGUACCUACGUAUAAAGAUUAUUUGGAUCUUUUUAGAAGUCUACUAAACUGUGACGAGAUGAAGGAUUCUCAAUUCGAUGAAACAUUUCUAAUUGUAAAUUCGCCACUUCAGUCUCUGAAUCGUUUGCUAUAUGAUGAACUUAUAAAAUCUGUUCUGAAGAUUGUCAAGAAAUUGGAUCUUAAUGUGGAAAAACAGAAUAUUGGGGAAAAGGAUGAAAAUGAAGCUAGCAAUAUGUGGGUGAUUCCAACAUCAGAUCCAGCUGCAAAUUUGCAUCCUUCUAAGCCCAAAGAUUUUACAGCUUUCAUUAACCUAGUGGAAUUCUGCAGAGACGUCCUCCCAGAAAAACAUGUUCAAUUUUUUGAGCCCUGGGUGUAUUCAUUUGGGUAUGAGCUAAUUUUGCAGUCAACACGAUUACCACUUAUUAGUGGUUUCUAUAAACUGCUUUCUAUUGCAAUUAGAAAUGCCAAGAAAAUGAAAUACUUUGAGGGUGUAAGUCCAAGGAGCCUGAAAAAAAGUCCUGAAGACCCUGAAAAGUAUUCUUGUUUUGCACUAUUUGCAAAAUUUGGGAAAGAGGUUGCCGUAAAAAUGAAGCAGUACAAAGAUGAACUAUUAGCUUCCUGUCUCACCUUUGUACUCUGCCUGCCUCACGAUAUCAUCAUGCUGGAUAUUAAAGCGUACAUCCCCGCAUUACAGAUGGCUUUCAAGUUAGGUCUGAGUUAUCCACCACUGGCUGACGUGGGCCUGAAUGCCUUGGAAGAGUGGUCAAUUUACAUACCUAGGCAUGUCAUCCAACCUUACUACAAGGAUAUUCUCCCCUGUCUUGACAGUUAUUUGAAGACUACAGCUUUAUCUGAUGAGACCAAGAAUAAUAUGGAAGUGACCAUGCUUUCUCGUGCAACCCAGAAAGGGUUUAAUAAAGUUGUGGUACGCCACCUGAAAAAAGCGAAGGCCACUGCACCAGUUGAAGAUCUUUCUUUGGAGUCAGUGAGAACUAGAGUGGUGCGGCUUCUGGGAUCUCUAGGAGGACAAAUCAACCGCAAUAUUGUCACAGCUGCUUCUGCAGAUGAAAUGAUGAAAAAAUGCGUGGCUUGGGACACUGAAAAGAGGCUGAGCUUCGCAGUACCAUUUGCCGAAAUGAAACCUGUCAUCUAUCUGGAUAUAUUCUUGCCUCGAAUCACAGAACUGGCCCUUUCAGCUAGUGACAGGCAAACUAAAGUUGCAGCAUGCGAAGUCUUGCACAGCAUUGUUAUGUUCAUGUUGGGAAAAGCAUCUCAAAUACCUGAAGGGCAUCGGGGUUCCCCACCCAUGUAUCAACUGUACAAGCGAACUUUUCCUGUGCUCCUUCGUCUUGCCUGUGAUGUAGACCAGGUGACGAGGCAGCUAUAUGAGCCACUAGUAAUGCAAUUAAUCCACUGGUUCACCAACAACAAGAAGUUUGAAAGUCAAGACACUGUGGCCUUGCUGGAAACCAUUUUGGAUGGAAUAAUAGAUCCGGUGGAUAGCACCCUAAGAGACUUUUGCGGUCAGUGUGUCCGAGAGUUCCUGAAGUGGUCAAUUAAACAGACAACACCAGAGCAGCAAGAGAAAAGUCCGGUGAACACCAAAUCACUGUUUAAGCGUCUGUACAGUUUUGCCCUUCACCCCAAUGCUUUUAAGAGACUGGGAGCAGCCCUUGCUUUUAACAAUAUCUAUAGGGAAUUCAGAGAAGAAGAGUCUCUGGUAGAUCAGUUUACCUUUGAAGCACUAGUGAUAUUUUUGGAAAGUCUGGCCUUAACUCAUGCAGAUGAAAAAUCCUUAGGUACAAUUCAACAGUGUUGUGAUGCUAUCGAUCACCUAAAGCGUAUCAUUGAGAAGAAGCACAUAUCCUUCAAUAAAGAAAAGAAACGGCGUUUGCCACGAGGAUUUCCCAAUGCUCAGUCAGUGUGUUUAUUGGAUCUCGUUUUCUGGCUUUUGGGGCAGUGUGGAAGACCCCAGACAGAAUGCCGACACAAGUCCAUAGAGCUCUUUUAUAAAUUUGUCCCUUUAUUACCAGGUAAUAAAUCCCCAUCUUCAUGGUUGAAUGACAUCCUCAAGGAAGAAGGUGUUUCUUUCCUCAUUAGCAGAUUUGAAGGUGCAGGUACUGGUAAUGAUCAUUUAUCCGGAAUCCUGGUUUGGCCAACCCUCUUGGAUCUGGAAGGGCCUUUUAGUUUAAGAGCUGUUCUACAAUGGAUGGAUAUGCUCUUAGCAUCUCUGGAGUGCUACAACACAUUUAUUGAGGAGAAAACUGUCAAAGCACAUGAAAUACUUGGUACGCAGGCAAAGUCUUCAUUUUUGAGGGCCAUAUCCUUCUUCCUGGAAAGCAUUGCCUUUCAUGAUGUUACAGCAGCAGAACAGUGCUUUGGCACUGGCUCAAAAGGCAGCAUGUUUAGUCCACAAGAAAGGGAAGAGUACAAUUACAGCAAGUGUACAAUUAUUGUCCGAAUUAUGGAAUUUGCCACCAUGCUUCUGAACACUCACCAGGAUACCUGGAAGAUACUUGAGAAGGAUUUACUUAACGCUACCUUUAUGGAACUUGUAGUGAAAAUAGUGUGCGAUCCAUCAAGCAUAGGUUUUAAUGUAGCUGAUGUACAAGUCAUGAGUAAUCUUCCCGAUGUCUGUGUGAGUCUUAUGAAAGCUUUAAAGAAAUCUUCUUACAAGGAUGCCUUGGAGAGCAACAUAAAGAAAAGAGUUACAGCUCAAAGCAUUGAGGAGCUAUGUUCUGUGGACCUGUAUAACCGUGAUGCUCGCUUUGAUCGGUCUAGGUUGGCUUCUAUCCUAUCAGCCUGUAAACAGCUUCAAAGGGCUGGACUUUUGCAUGCUGCAGUACAUUCUCAGGCUUCACGUCUGCAGCGUCCAGUAAGCACCAGGCUUCUCUCCGUUGUUUAUAAAGGAAUUGCACCUGGAAACGAAAGGCAGUCUCUUCCUUCAUUAGAAAUCAGCAGUAAACAAUUAGCCAGUGGACUUCUGGAGUUGGCUUUUGCUUUUGGAGGACUGUGUGAAGAGCUGGUGAGUCUCCUGUUGAAUACAGUGGUGCUUUCUGUGCCACUUGCAGGAACAUCACAGAGGAACCUAAUCAGUUUCUCUCAUGGAGAGUAUUUCUACAACUUGUUCUCGGCAACCAUCAACACUGAGCUCCUGAAAAAUAUUGACACUGCUGUACUUGAGCUCAUGAAGUCAUCAGUGGAUAAUGCAAAAAUGGUGGGAACCAUUUUGAAUGGCAUGUUAGAUCAAAGCUUUAGAGAUCGUAUUGUUCGGAAGCAGCAGGGAGAGAAGCUGGUGGAUGCGAUUCUGCAAAAUUGGAAGAGAUUCAAUACCUGGUGGGCCGAGGAUUCUACUCCAGAAAGCAAAAUAGCUGUUUUGACUUUACUGGCUAAAGUUCUACAGAUUGAUUCCUCAGUGUCGUUUAAUACAAAUCAUGCUGCUUUCUCUGCCGUCUUCAAUGCGUAUACCAGUCUGCUUAUUGAUAAGAAUCUUGGCCUAAAUCUAAAGAGCCAAGCUGUGCUUAUUCUCCCCUUCUUCACAAAUCUUACUGGAGACAGACUUAAUGAUCUUAAGAAUGCACUAGAACAAUUUGUGGCUUUCAAUUUCCCUAUGAAUUCUGAUGAGUUUCCCAAAGGAACUCUGCGGUACAACAACUAUGUGGAUUGCACUAAAAAGUUCCUGGAUGCCUUGGAAUUGUCCCAGAGUCCUGUGUUGCUACAAUUAAUGACAGAAAUCCUUUGUCGGGACCAGAGACACUUUAUGGAAGAAUUAUUUCAGAUGAGCUUCAAAAGGAUUGCUAGAAGGAGUGGCUCUGCCCAACAAGUAGCCCUGUUGGAAGCUGUGCACGGAAUGUUCCUGAGAGAUGACCAUCUUUCAAGUACUACCCGCCAGGCAUUUGUGGAUCGUUCCCUCCUCACCUUGUUGCUGCACUGCAGCCUGGAUGCUUUGAAAGAAUUCUUUUAUAGGAUUAUAGUGGGAGCUAUGGACACGUUAAAGUCCAGAUUUACAAAGUCAAAUGAAUCUACUUUUGAUACUCAAGUCACCAAGAAAUUGGGUUAUUAUAAGAUUCUGGAAAUGAUGUAUUCUCGCCUUCCAAAAGAUGAUGUUCACUCCAAAGAGUCACGAAUCAACCGAGUUUUCCAUGGCUCCAGUGCUAUAGAAGGAAACGAACUUACUAAGACAUUGAUCAAAUCCUGCUAUGAGGCAUUUACAGAGAACAUGGCAGGUGAGACUCAGUUGCUGGAGAAGAGAAGACAGUACCACUGUGCUGCUUAUAACUGUGCCAUUGCGGUUAUCAGCUGUGUCUUCAAUGAAGCCAAAUUCUACCAAGGCUUUUUGUUUACAGAAAAACCAGAAAAGAACUUGUUUAUUUUUGAAAACUUGAUUGACCUGAAACGAUGUUACACAUUUCCUGUAGAAAUUGAGGUGCCUAUGGAAAAAAAGAAAAAGUACAUUGCUAUUAGGAAAGAGGCCAGGGAUUCAGUAAAUGAUAAUUCAGAUGAGCCCCAUUAUUUGUCCUCUCUGCCCUCUAUGGCAGACAGUAGUCUGAGUGAAGAAAUAAGUCAGUUUGACUUCUCCACUGGAGUGCAGAGCUAUUCAUAUAGCUCCCAAGAUCUCAAAACGACUGGAUUUCAUUUCAAGAGAAGGGAAUAUAAUGAUCCUGUGACUCAAAGCGAUGUAUUAGAAUUAGAAAUGGAUGAACUCAAUCAGCAUGAAUGCAUGGCAACUAUGACAGCUCUGAUUAAGCACAUGCAGAAAAAAGAGAUCACUCCAAAAGUAGAAGAGGGAUCAGGAUCAACAAAUCUCCCCCCAUGGAUGAAAUUUCUGCAUGGCAAAUUGGGAAAUCCAUUGAGUGCACUGAACAUUCGUCUAUUCUUAGCAAAGCUCAUUGCUAAUACUGAAGAAGUUUUUCGGCCAUAUGCAAGGCAUUGGCUCGGCCCCUUGCUCCAGUUGGUUGUUUGUGGGGGAAAUGGAGGAGAAGGAAUUCACUACAUGGUCGUCGAGAUAGUAGUUACUGUUCUUUCGUGGACAAGCAUAGCCACCCCUACAGGUGUGACUAAAGACGAGCUGCUAGCAAACCGUUUGCUUGAAUUCUUGAUGAAGCACGUGUUUCAUCAGAAAAUAGCUGUGUUCAGGCACAACUUGGAAAUCAUUAAAACAGUGGUGGAAUGCUGGAAAGAUUGCUUAUCCAUACCUUACAGGUUAAUAUUUGAAAAGUUUGCUACUGGUGAUCCCAACACAAAAGACAAUUCAGUGGGAAUUCAGUUAUUAGGAAUAGUUCUGGCCAACAAUUUGCCGCCGUAUGAUCCAAAGUGUGGCAUAGACAGUGCAAGAUACUUUCAAGCUUUGGCCAAUAAUCUCUCCUUAGUAAAGUAUAAGGAAGUCUAUGCAGCUGCAGCAGAAGUUCUAGGACUAACUCUUCAAUAUGUGUCUGAGAAGGAAACUGUGCUAGAGGAGUCAAUCUGUGAAUUGAUUGUAAAACAGUUAAAGCAGCAUCAAAAUUCUAGAGAGGACAAAUUUAUUGUGUGCUUGAAUAAAGCAGUGAAGAGCUUUCCACCGCUUGCUGAUAGGUUUUUGAAUGCUGUCUUCUUUUUGCUGCCAAAACUUCAUGGAGUGAUGAAAACCUUCUGCUUGGAAGUGGUUCUUUGCCGGGCAGAGGAAAUAACUGACCUCUACUUGCAGCUAAAAAGUAAGGAUUUCGCCCAGGUCAUGAGACACAGGGAUGAUGAGAGACAGCGGGUUUGUUUAGAAAUAAUUUAUAAGAUGCUGGCAAAACUGAAACCAGGAGAACUACGAGAACUUCUGAAUGUUGUUGUAGAGUUCAUUUCUCACCCGUCUCCAGUCUGUCGGGAACAAAUGUAUAAUAUUUUGAUGUGGAUUCAUGACAACUACAGAGAUCCAGAAAGCCAAGCUGAUGAGGAGAGUCGAGAAGUGUUUAAAUUGGCAAAAGAAAUACUACUUCAAGGACUGGUUGAUGAGAACCACGGGCUACAAUUAAUUGUUCGGAAUUUCUGGAGUAAUGAAAUUAGGUUACCAUCAGAUAUCCUGGAUCGUAUGUUAGCUCUCAAUUCCUUUUAUUCUACCAAAAUAGAAAUGCACUAUUUGAGCUUGGUAACAAAUUUUCUGCUUGAAAUGACUAGCAAGAGCCCAGAUUAUUCAAGGCACAUAUUUGAACAUCCCCUUUCAGAAUGCAAAUUUCAGGAAUACACAAUUGAUUCUAACUGGCGUUUCCGCAGUACUGUUCUCACACCAAUGUUUGUUGAGACGCAAGCAUCCCAGAGUGCACUCCGGAGCAGAUCACAAGAAGGAUUGCUUCCAGGCCAGGGGUUAUUACCUGGGCAAUUAAGAGCUACCCAACAGUAUCAAUUUACUCCUACCCAAAAUAUAGAUGGGAGAAACUCUUUUAAUUGGUUGACUGGAAGCAGUGUUGAUACAUUUGCUGACUAUCCAGGUCCUUCAUCAUCUGAGUCCUUGUCCACCUUGCUUUUUACCCACAAGAGAAGCAACAGAACCCAAAAGGCUGGCUUUAAACCACUGGGACCCAAUUUUGGGAAGAAAAGGGUAGCCUUACCAGGAGAUGAAGUGGUUAGCAAGACUAAAGGACUAGAAGAACGGACAGAAAUUCUAAGAUUGAGGAGGCGUUUUUUAAAGGACCAAGAGAAGCUCAGUUUGAUUUUUGCCAAGAAAGGAGUUGUUGAACAGAAACGAAAAAAGGAGAUAAAAAGUGAGCUGAAAAUGAAGCAUGAUGCCCAGGUUACUCUGUAUAGAAGUUACCGCCAAGGAGACCUUCCUGACAUCCAGAUUGAACACAGCAGUUUAAUUACUCCUCUUCAAGCUGUGGCACAGCGAGAUCCAACACUUGCAAAACAGCUCUUCAGCAGCUUGUUCGCUGGAAUUCUGAAAGAAAUAGAUAAAUUCAAGAGCCAAUCUGAGAAAAGCAACAUCACUCUGAAGUUACUUCAGGACUUCAAUCACUUCCUCAGCAGCACUGUGUCUUUCUUUCCACCUUUCAUCUCCUGUAUCCAGGAAAUGAGCUUCCAACAUACAGAGCUUCUAGACCUUGACGCAAACUGUGUGAGCACUAGCUGCUUAGCCAGUUUGCAACAGCCCGUGGGCAUCCUGCUGCUGGAGCAGGCAUUGAUUCGCCUAGGCCCUCCAGAGGAGCCAUCUUCCAAAAAAAGGCGGGGAAAAUCCCAGCUUCCUCCAGAUGUUGUCAGAUGGAUUGAGCUUGCUAAGCUUUAUAGGUCUGUUGGAGAAUAUGAUGUUCUUCGUGGUAUUUUCGGUGGUGAAAUUGGAACAAAACAUAUUACUCAAAUUGCAUUACUAGCAGAAUCCAAAAGUGAUUAUUCUGAAGCUGCUAAGCAAUAUAAUGAGGCGUUGAAUAUGCAACAUUGGGAGGAUGGUGAACCUUCAGAAGCAGAAAAGGAUUUUUGGGAGCUUGCUGUUCUUGAAUGUUACAACCACCUUACUGAGUGGAAGUCACUGGAGUACUGUUCAACUGUCAACAUUGAUAGUGAAAGUCCCCCAGAUUUAAAUAAAAUUUGGAACGACCCGUUUUAUCAGGAAACUUAUCUACCAUACAUGAUUCGCGGUAAACUGAAGUUACUCCUCCAAGGCGGUAGUGAUCAGUCACUGCUAACAUUCAUUGAUGAGGCAAUGAAGAAAGAGAAGCAAAAGACACUUAUAGAAACUCACUACAGUCAAGAACUGAGUCUUCUUUAUAUCCUACAGGAUGAUUUUGACAGAGCCAAGUAUUAUAUUGACUAUUGCAUUCAGGUUUUUAUGCAGAAUUAUUCCAAUAUUGAUGCCCUUUUACUCCAAAGUAGACUCACCAAACUGCAGUCUGUGCAAGCUUUAACAGAAAUACAGGAUUUCACCAACUUCAUAAGUAGACCAAGUAAUUUAUCAUCUCAGGCAUCCCUUAAGAGACUUCUCAGGAUCUGGACAAACAGAUAUCCAGAUGCUAAAAUGGACCCAAUGAACAUCUGGGAUGACAUCAUUACAAAUCGGUGUUUCUUUCUCAGCAAAAUUCAAGAAAAGCUUGCUGGUCUGCAAGCUGAUGAUAGCAUGGAAAUAGACGGAGGAGGGGAUACCAUUGACCGGAUGGAGGUGGAGAAACAGGAAGAUGACAUUUAUUCCAUGAUUAAGAGUUGCAAGUUUUCCAUGAAAAUGAAAAUGAUAGAAAGCGCCAGAAGCCAGGAUAAUUUCCGAGUUGCCAUGAAACUGUUGAAGGAUCUGCACAGAGAGUCCAAGACAAAAGAUGACUGGCUGGUGAGAUGGAACCACAGCUAUUGUCGAUGCAGCCACAGCCAGAGUCAGAGCCAGAGCAGUCCUGAAAAGAUUCUCACUGUGUUGAAAACAGUCUCGUUGUUGGAUGACAGCUUAUCAAGCUACUUAAGCAAGAACAUUGUGGCUUUCCGCAAUCAGAAGCUUCUCCUGGGCACCACGUAUCGCAUCAUGGCUAAUGCUCUCAGCAAGGAGCCCACCAGUCUUGAGCAAAUUGAGAAAAAUAAAGCUAGGAAAGUAAUGGAGCUUUCUGGAGCCAGUUUUGAUAACGUACAGGAGGUGAUUGCAGGUUUGCACAGGAGAGCAUUCCAGUACUUAACUCAUGCAGUGAGGAAAGCAGAGGAAGAGGAUCAGUCUCACUCCUCAGAACAUGUAGACACAGGUGGUGUCAUAGAUACCUACAUGACUUUGGUAGAUUUCUGUGACAGACAUCUCCGAAAUGAGGAGGAAGGUGCAUCAGUUAUUGAUGCUGUGGCGCUGCAGGCAUAUCCAGCACUCGUGGUGGAGAAAAUGAUGAAAGCUUUAAAAUUAAAUUCUAGAGAGGCUAGGCUAAAAUUUCCUAGACUGCUCCAAAUUAUAGAACGCUAUCCGGAGGAGACCUUGGAUCUAAUGACACAAGAGAUUUCUUCGAUUCCCUGCUGGCAGUUCAUUGGCUGGAUCAGCCAAAUGAUGGCAGUGCUUGAUAAAGAGGAAGCAGUAGCUGUGCAACACACCAUAGAAGAGAUUGCUGAUAAUUUCCCUCAAGCAAUUGUCUAUCCUUUUAUGAUAAGUAGUGAAAAUUACUCUUUCAAAGACACAUCAGCUGGGCACAGGAAUAAGGAGUUUGUGGCAAGGAUAAAGAGUAAAUUGGAUAAAGGAGGAGUGGUUCAAGAUUUUAUCCAGGCCUUGGAACAACUCUCGAAUCCUGAGAUGCUCUUUAAGGACUGGGUGGAGGACAUCAAAAUUGAGCUGACAAAGACACCUAUAAAUAAGAACAAUCUUAAGAGGAUGUAUGAAGGAAUGUACAAAACCUUGGGGAACUUAAGGGCUCCAGGCCUUGGGGCCUUCAGAAAGAGAUUUAUUCAGGCUUUUGGGAGUGAGUUUGACCAUCAUUUUGGAAAAGGAGGCUCAAAGCUACUACAAAUGAAACUCAGUGACUUCACCAGCAUUACUAAUUCCUUGACUAGCAAAAUGAAAGAAAGCUCCAAGCCACCUGGAAAUCUGAAAGAGUGUUCGCCCUGGUUGAGCGACUUCAGAGUCGAAUUCUUGAGGAGUGAGCUGGAGAUUCCUGGUCAGUAUGAUGGGAAAGGGAAGCCACUGCCUGAAUACCAUGCAAAAAUCACUGGAUUUGAUGAACGGGUCAAAGUAAUGGCCUCCAUUAGGAAGCCAAAGCGUAUCAUCAUCCGAGGCCAUGAUGAGAGAGAGUAUCCUUUCCUUGUGAAAGGUGGAGAAGAUCUGCGACAGGAUCAGCGAAUUGAACAGCUGCUGGACAUCAUGAAUAUUAUCCUCUCACAAGAUGCUGCUUGUAGCCAAAGGAAUAUGCAGCUGAAAACAUACCAAGUUAUUCCUAUGACAACCAGAUUAGGAGUGAUUGAAUGGCUAGAAAAUACCUGUACUCUAAAGGAACUAAUUCUGAAGAGUAUGUCUGAAGGGGAAAAAGCUGCUUAUGAAAGCAAUCCCAAAGGACCUGUUCAUGAGUAUGGUGAGUGGUUAUACAAGAUGUCCAAAAAACAAGACUUUGGAGCCUACAUGCUUAUGUACAAGCGUGCUAGUCGCACAGAAGCCGUCACAGCUUUCAGAAACAGAGAAAGCAGAGUGCCUGGAGAUCUGUUACGGCGGGCCUUUGUCAAGAUGAGCACCAGACCGGAGGCCUUCCUGGCCCUCCGCUCUCACUUUGCCCGUUCGCAUGCUUUGCUCUGCGUCAGUCACUGGAUUCUUGGAAUUGGAGACAGACACCUCUCCAAUUUCAUGAUUAACCUGGAGACAGGUGGCAUGGUUGGGAUCGAUUUCGGACAUGCCUUUGGAUCGGCUACUCAGUUUCUGCCGGUCCCCGAGUUGAUGCCUUUCCGUCUGACUCGCCAACUCAUUAAUCUGAUGUCACCGAUGAAAGAAUCGGGGCUCGUGUUCAGUGUGAUGGUGCACGCCCUCCACGCUUUCCGCACAGACCCCGACCUCCUCCUCAGCACCAUGGAUGUGUUCGUGAAGGAGCCUUCAUUGGACUGGAAGAACUUUGAAACAAAGAUGUUGAAAAAAGGAGGAACGUGGACCCGGGCAGUGAACACAGCAGACACCAACUGGUAUCCCUUGCAGAAAAUUAGUUAUGCCAAGAGAAAAUUAACAGGAACCAACCCGGCAAUUAUUACCUGUGAUGAAUUGCGCCUCGGUCAUGAAAAGGCACCUGCUUUCGAGGACUACAUCUCUGUAGCCCGAGGAAGCAAAGACCACAACGUUCGAGCCAGAGAGCCGGAGGAGGGGCUUUCGGAAGAGCAGCAAGUCAAAUGCCUCAUCGACCAGGCCACAGACCCCAAUAUCCUCGGCAGGACUUGGAUCGGAUGGGAACCCUGGAUGUAAACGUCGUAAGGACGAUGCCAGGGAUUAAAGUCAUACAACGUAGCCUGCCAAGUCACACCAUAGAAGCUACCGGGCCGGCUCACGAGAAGAAAGCUUGUCUUGGAUUUCAUUUUAGUGAAACGGAUAAUGCUGUAUUAGACACCAAUAACGAGGCAAGAGAUAUGUGUUUCUACCUGUACCUUCUGCAUGGGCUGCCCUGAGUUGGUUGUCUAGGGGUAUCCUCCAAGGUUUUCCCAUCCUCACUUUGAGAAGUUUCCUAGAGAAAACAAUGAGGAUUAAAGUUUCAUUUUCAGAGCUGUGCGGGAACACUGCAGGAAGUAAGCCAUCAUUGCAGGAAAUAAGCCAUCAGCGGGAUCAGUAGAUCAAUAUGGUACCAACUCUCUGUGAAAAUCAGUUCACCAGCAUAAGUGAUUUACGGUUGAGGUUUAUAAUCUUUUAUGUUCCCAUGGCAAAUAAUGAAACAACCGUAACAGUGAGCCAAAUUGCCUACAGCCCUUCUUAUUUUUGAUCAUGUGUUUACAUGUGGCUAUUUUUUUCCGCUCUUAUUCCUUGCCAGUUCCCAAGCCGUAAACCUGGCCGAUUGAUCACUUCUAGAAAGGGAAAGAACUGUAUUUUGCAGAAGUUACUAUUAGUACUUUACUCCAUGGUGUUAAGAAGUCUCACUCCGCAGCAGGCUUUGCUCGCCCCAGUCUGGCAGAUAAUGCUUCAGGAGGCCAAGCCCAAUGUAGGUGGAUAAAAGUGCUAUGCAAUUCUCCAGAAAGUCAUAUGAAAAAAGAACAGUCCACUGUAUCAGGAAGACAGAUUCUCCCUAGCUCCCUGACCUUCCGGGGCUGCCGU